AUGUCUGUUUUUAACCCAGAUAAGGUACAUUUGGUACAAAAACUAUCAAUUCACAACAGUGAUGUUACAAGUUGCGAUUUCAGUAAACAUUUAUGUCUAGCUACAGGUUCAGGUGAUAAAAAAGUUGUAGUUUGUGAAUGGAAGAAAGAUUUAGGUUUUGUUGAAGCAAGUUAUUCACCAUUAAUUGGUCACAAGUAUUCUAUUACUUGUGUCAGAUUUUCUUCUUCUCAUAUCCUAGCUACAACAUCAGUUGAUGGCCACACUAUUCUUUGGGAUAUAAAAAAUGGCAAAAGUAUUCAUACACUGGUUCAAGCCAAUGGUCUAGGAGUCAGAGUUUUAUCAUUUUCUGGGGAUGGAACGAUGCUAGUGAGCGCUGGUGAAGGAGGUACAUUUUGUCUAUGGACAAUUCUACCGAACUCGGUGGCUCUUUCAAGAGCUGUGAGUGGUCAUGAUGAUGAAAGUAUUCAAGGUACCGCGUUUUCACCUGAUAGUAAUUUGCUAGUGACAGGAGAUGUCACAGGCAGUUAUAAAAUCUGGUCGGUGGAAUACUUGAAAGACAAUCAGGAUACAAGUCUUACUGUUGUCAGAGAUGCUCAUGAUUUAGGAAUAAAUUGUAUGGAAUUUUCUCCUCAACACAGUGUUAUCACUAAUGAGGAAGGCUUGAAACAAUGUGAAUAUACCAUGAUCAGUUGUGGAAAUGACCAAAACAUCGCCAUUUGGUCUGUUAUUUUGAUAUGUGGUGGGAAAACGGCUGGGGAAAAGCUUUGCUAUUCAACAUUACAAAAACGUCUGUAUGGUCAUUCAUCAGCUGUUAGUCAGAUUAGAAUUUCUCUCGAUGGGAGUCUUUUAGCAUCAACAUCGAUUGACAAAACUGUUAGAAUAUGGCAGCUAUCGAAUGAAAAAUGUGUUAAAAUUUUGGAAGGGCACUCAAGAUAUGUUACUUCUGCUGCAUUUUCUUCUGAUGCAUCACUUUUGGUUACUGGUUCUAAUGAUAGAAUGGUUUUUGUUUGGGAUUUAACUGGGCAGUUUGGAAUCAAUACAGAAAUGCCUUCAAUGAGUUUAUCGCCUACAUUUUUUUCAAAUGAAGAAAUUAAUAGUGAUAAUGAUAUGAUGGAUGGUGUACAGUUAGUUGAAAAACUUUCAGUACAUUCAAGUGCUGUUAAUAGUUGCCAUUUUGGACAUUCGCUGUUUGUUUCAGGCGGGAGUGAUAAGAAAAUAGCAAUAUGGAAAUGGUUUGAGCAAACAUUCACUCUAUCUAAGAUUAUUAAUGAUGCUCAUAGAUUUACAAUUCAUCAAGUAGAACUCAGUCCAAGUGAGAAAACUCUAGUUUCUGCUUCUCUGGACGGAACUGCUAUAAUUUGGGAUUCAAGUAGUGGAGAAGUUGAGAAAUCAGGUUUUCAUAUCAGUGGUUCUGGGAUACGCUGUGCUCGUUUUUCACCAAAUGGAGAAUUCUUGGCAGUCGGCGGUGAUGAUGAUAAAUUAUCUCUGUAUUCUGUUCCUUCUUUUGAAGAAAUUGGGUCUACUACUUGCGAUGAUAGCGGUGUUGUUUGUUUAGCAUUCAGCCCAAAUUCUGAUAUUGUGAUAGCAGGUACAAGUGAUGGUCAUGUGCACUGUUUUUCAACCAAACUGUUUUCUACUGCGGUUUUAUUUCUGCUUGAAAAUGCCCAUGACCUUGGCGUUUCUACCCUUGACUUUGCUGCAAUAUCUCACAUGCUUAAUAUAGGUGAAACUGGAAAAGACAAAUAUGAAGUAGUUUCUGGUGGUAUGGACUGCCUGGUUAAAGUAUGGAAUAUGAAAGUGGCCGAAAGAACUAUGAUGCCGGUGUGGUCUCUUUCAGGACAUGGAGGAAAUAUAACAUGUGUAAGGUAUUCACCAAAAUUGGCAGAACUACUGGCGUCUACAGCUACUGACAAAACAUGCAGAAUUUGGGAUUCCUAUUCUGGAAACUGUCUUCACAUCGUUGAAAAUCAUGAUAGCAUUAUGACUUGCUGUGCUUUUUCGCCUGAUGCUACUCUACUAGCAACAGGAUCAAUGGAUAAAAGCAUAUCUAUCUGGGAGUUGCCAAAAAACCUCUCAUUUCAGUUAUUCGUUUCGAGCAGACUAAAUCCAAGCCAACCAACUGAGGAACUUCUAACAGGAUGGUUGGAACGAAGUGGUGUUUCUCCUGCUGUAGAAUUAACUAGUUCAGAUAUUUUAGAAACUCCAAUAGAAGAACUUUUGGACAAAAUUGGAAUUUUUGAGGAGAGUAAAAGAGCAAACAUUGAGAAGUUAGUAAGAUCUCUGCGGGAGGAGCCACCCCAUGAUUUUAUUUGUCCUAUCACUCAUCACAUCAUGCGAGAUCCAGUUAUAGCUCCAGAUGGUUAUAGAUAUGAAAGAACAGCGAUUGAGGCAUGGUUAGGCAGUGGAGAGAAGCGGAGUCCUAUGACUAAUGAAAAUUUCGAUGAUAUUACACUCGAGCCUGAUGUCGAUUUGAAAAACAGAAUAAGAGAAUAUUUAAGGGAAUAG